CAAGCUCCAUGCUAUUACACAUACCGACCCUCCUUUCGGGUGCUUAUAUAGCCCCUACAGUACCUCAAACCAAUAUGCCGGAACCAGAGGAGCUGGAAGUGUUAGAGAAACUGGAGGUGCUAGAAGGCUCUAGAGCCUCAACUAUCCUGCCAAUACGACAGGCCGAGCCAUCACCACCCGCUCCGCUUUUGUCACUGCCAAACGAGCUUCUUCUCCAAAUAGCUGAAAGUGCGCCAAGAGCCGAUCUCGUCAACCUAUCCAUGGUAUCGAAGCGGAUGAAUACGAUCGGAAGUGAAAUACUGUACCAAGAUGUCCCUUUCACAUCUUCUGAGGACGAUAGACUAAGAAUGGCGAAGCUCAUCUAUGUCCUCAACAGAUAUCCCGACCUCGCCAAUCUUGUCAAAUCAGUCACGUACAUGGAUCUUCGAUCUCAGAAAGACCCUAGUAUUCAUCCACGCAAUCGCGACCCUGAUCAAUGGCGAGACUUGGAGGAGGUUGGCCUUGAGAUCGGACAAGCACUCCUCGAUGUAGCCAUGUCAGCCAAGCUACCUUUCGAUUGGGUCUUCUGCACAUGGACCUUCAGCUCGGCAAAGGGUCCUUAUGGCUACUCUCAGACUAAUUCGUGGAUCAAGGCCAUACGCAUAGGCAGCCGCGACGCUGUUCUGGCAGCUUUGCUCUCGAUGGUCCCGAAUAUCUCAAAACUCAAGGUCCACUUCGCGCAACACGAGUCGACGAGGUGGGCCAGUGCGCUCGCUCAAGCUGCUAUUCUUGCCACGCGGACUCCAUGGGUUUUCGACGAAACGGAGGGCCUUUGCGAGCCUCUCCGACAAACGUUCUCGAAACUCAAGGAGGUUGAUGUUUUCGGACCUCAGUACUUGAACCACGACUUAUCGGAUAGUUCCUGGAUGUCUCUGCCGUCAGUGAAGCAUAUCCGGCGGGCGGGGUUUCGCCGUGACGAGAUGUAUAUGCCCAUCGCGAUAUCCAAUGCGGACAUUGACCUCUCUGGAAUACAGAUCUUACGGCUAUCCGACAAUGGCGACGCUUCCAUGUCCCGUGGGUUUGGCAAGGCGCUGUCAACCUGCAAGAAACUCUGCGCUUUACACAUCUCGGAAAGCGGCACACUCAAUAGGCGCUUUAUCCAGGCCCUCAAGACGCAGAACCGCUCCCUCGAAACCCUCGUCAUUGAUGGUCGCAAAAAGAGCGGAGGUACGAUUCGCCAAACCCAGCGACCAAUUGGCUCCUUGGCUAGCUUCCGUUACUUGAAGUACCUCGAGAUUGCCACGGCGAUGCUCUGGGGACAUGACUUCAGCGUCGAGGAUUUGCCGGAACUGCUCCCGCGUUGCCUCGAGGAGCUAGUUGUUACAGACCUCUGGGCCAAUGCAAAUUGGAAGAUGGCUGAGAUACGCGUUCGUCAGAUUUUGGAGAGCGUCCGCGCAGGGCAUCUUCCCGUGCUCCGGAAGUUCACGAUUCGCCACCCUCCUAACGAUGAAGUCCUGCUGGUCGAAGACAUUCAGGAGUUGGAGUUUGCUGGCAGUUUGAAGCAGAAAAAGCUUGCAGCAGGUUUUCAUGACGUUCACGUUGAUUUCCAGGUCAUUCGGCCAGCGUAGAAUCGUCAGGCAACGCCGCCUGCACUCGAUCGGAGAUACAUCGCGAUACAAGAAGGCGAAAAGUCGACAGAAUUUCUAGUUCAAGUUUCAGUAGAUGCUCUCUUGAAAGGCCCAAGGCUUCAUACGUUACCUUUGCCUAUCAAUAUCGUGCUGAAUACCUUCUGAAGCAUUUACACGUGUUGGAUUGGUCACGUGGAUUUUGGACGAAUUGGGCAUUUCACUCACUAUAGAUAAAAUUGUUACUACCGUAAAAGAGCUACUCAGAGCCACUAUUGCAAUGUCUCGUCAUAGACGUGCUUACACCUCCCCGCCACUGCAUGUGGUGCCUCAUGCUAUUGUCAAAAUUCUGAAUUAGAAAAAAUUCUGGCAUCUGGACGAAUGAUAAAUUUGCUAGGCCAUCCUAGAUAGUGGUAGAGGGGUGUACAUAGAUCGGAAGUUUAUAUCAUCACCGUAGGUUCUCAAUGAA